AAACAGAAACAGGAAGGUGUGUGUGUGUCUGUGAGUGUGUGUGUGAGAAGAAUGUGCGUCUGACUUAAAGCAUAAGUCACACAUAAAGAAGGGACAGGUUUUCUCCUCAGAAACUCGCCUGAUCUGAGCCUUUUCGCCGUCGAUGUAGAGGCCAGCUGAUUUCUGUGUGAGGGACGGCGUGACAUGUCUCAGGAGGAUUAUUAGUAACACGCGGCAACAAAAUGGAUUUCCAUCAGAGGGCAGCUCUGGAUAUCUCCACCAAGAACCCUCAGGAAGAUUUUGAGAUCCUGUUGAGAGUCGGAGGAGGAACCUAUGGAGAAGUUUACAAGGCACGUAACAAACAAAAUGGAGAGCUGGCAGCAAUCAAAGUCAUCAAGAUGGAGCCGGAGGACGACUUCUCCAUCAUCCAGCAGGAAAUCGUCAUCGUCAAGAGCUGCAAACACCCCAACAUAGUAGCAUAUUACGGUAGCUACAUACGCGCCAAUAAACUGUGGAUCUGUAUGGAGUUCUGUGGGGGAGGAUCCCUUCAGGAUAUUUACCACGUGACCGGUCCUCUGUCUGAACCACAGAUAGCUUACAUUUGCAGAGAGAUGCUACAGGGCCUGGACUACCUUCAUGCACAAAAGAAAAUCCACAGAGACAUUAAGGGCGCCAACAUCCUCCUGAAUGAUCACGGCGAGGUCAAGUUGGCUGAUUUCGGGAUCUCGGCUCAGAUCACGGCCACUCUGGCGCGGAGGAUGUCCUUCAUCGGGACGCCGUAUUGGAUGGCGCCGGAGGUGGCAGCUGUGGAGAUCAAAGGUGGCUACAACGAACUGUGUGACAUCUGGUCCGUGGGCAUCACCGCCAUCGAGCUCGCCGAGCUGCAGCCUCCCAUGUUUGACGUCCACCCUCUGCGAGUCCUGUUUCUCAUGUCCAAAAGCGGCUACCAGCCUCCAAAACUGAAGGACAAGUCAAAAUGGUCGUCCACCUUUUAUAACUUUGUGAAGGCCAUGUUGGUGAGGAACCCGAAGAAGAGACCCAGCGCCUCGAAGAUGCUCUCACACAUGUUUCUGACCCAGCAGUGUCUGAACAAGGACUUGACGCUGGACCUGCUGGAGAAGUUUCGAAAUCCUGAGAAGCUGAAGGGCUGCGUGGUGACGGAGGACGACGAGAUGGAGGUGGCGGCGCCUUUAAAGAGGAUCCAGUCUAUCAACAGGCACAACCGGGCAGAGAGGACCAAUUCGGACAUAAGCUUUGAACAGAUCUACACCCAGAGGCCCGUGAAGACUCAGUCCCCCAGCGUCACGUUGAGGGCGUCGACAGGAUCGACGGGCAGCAGCAGCAGCCCGGCCAGAGACCCCGAGACGGACUCGGAUGAUGACUACGAUGAUGUGGACAUCCCUACGAUGCAAGCCUCCAGGCUCAUCCUGCCGGAUGAUGAGACACCGCCUCCGCUUCCUCCAAAGCCCAAAGCUCGGACCAGUUCGGAGGAGAGCAUGGCCGGAGAGGAGGACCGGAGCAGGAAACCCUGCUCUCUGUUGGCGCCGUCCCCGCUCAUCCGGACCUCCAGCGGGACCCAGGUCCGACCCAAUCCCGGUCCCCGAGCCUCGGGGGCCCUCCGACACUCGGACCCUUCUUCGAUACCAUUCAAUUUUCAUGAAAACCCGGCGGACCUCCUCCCUCCUGAGCUCCCCCCUAAAGGCAUCCGCAGGCAGCGACCUCCAUCAAAGGAACCUGCAGAGUGCGCCAGCCCCGUCCUGAAGAAACCUCCCGUCUAUUUUAAAAAGGUCUUCCAUGGCUGCCCUCUUAAAGUGAACUGUUCCACCAUCUGGGAUAACCACAACUCCAAAGAGCAGCACCUGCUCCUCGGAGCCGAGGAAGGGAUCUACACGCUGAACCUCAGCGGCUCGGAGGGCACCAUGGAGCUGCUGUAUCCUGGGAAGUGUACGUGGGUCUACACCAUCAGUAACGUCCUCAUGUCUGUAUCAGGUAAAUCGUCGCAGCUUCACUCACAUUCACUGAAGGAGUUGUACGAACAGGCUCGCAAAGAUCAGAGGAUGGUUCCCUUGCCAACUCACAGACUGUUACCAAGAAAAUGUGUGGUGACGUAUAAAAUACCAGACACCAAAGGCUGCAAGACCUGCUCAGUCGCUGAGAACAAGCAGCGAGGUUGUGUGUUCCUGUGCUGUGCUCUGGAGUCCACCGUGAUUCUGCUGCAGUGGUACGAGCCCAUGCACAAGUUUAUGCUAAUUAAGCAUUUUGACUUUCCCCUGCCCAACCCCCUGCGAGUGUUUGAGAUGGUGGUGCCGGCCCAACAAGAGUACCCUCUGGUGUGCAUCGGCGUCUCUCCGGGCUCCAACCCCAACCUGCCUGUAAUCGUAGAGUACAUCAACCUCAACUCCAACACGUCCUGGUUCACCAACGCCGGCCUGGAGAAACCUUGCCCUGACAUGGUCCAAGUAGAGCAGCUGGACAGAAGCUCACUGCUGGUGCUCAUGGAGAGGUCAGUACAUACCGUUGAUCUGGACGGAGGGUUGAAGAGCAACUACCAUCUCCCACACGAGAUCACCUUCUCUCAAGAUGUUGAAUCUAUAGUAUAUCUUGACGGCACGCUGUUGGCGGUUUGGCGUCACGGCUGGCAGAGGAGAGGGACGGGCUUCACGGAGGUGCUGGAGGAGAUCACCGACCACAGGAAGCUCUACCGACUGGUGAAGUCACGCGGGAUUGUCAUCUUGGAGACGCGUCCAAUCGAAGACCAGUCGGGUCUCUCCAACCUGUACAUCCUGGAAAUCGCUGAGAAGUACGUCAUGCUGCCCUGACUCUCCUGCCUGCUGACACGGGUCAUCGUGGGAAACUCCCUGCUCAGCCUCCUCGCCGAACGUCGCUGCCGGGAUCCUCGGCCAUCAGCCGGACGAUAAACGAGGCAUCGGCGUUACUGUAUGUCAUAUUAACUUUGACCGGCAUCAAAUGUGACCCUGUUCUAUUUUCUAACCAGAGGAGAUGAGGUUCUCAGGAGGGACAUGAUGAUGUAAGAUGAUUGUAUUGUAGCUCUUCUCCCUCCAUACGAGGGAGUCUGCACUUAUUUAUGCCAUUUUUAACUUGGCUUCUGACAUCCGAAGCAACCUGGAGAAUCCAGAGAGCCGAGGAAACUGAAUGAAUUGAGAAGGAAGGUCUUCUCCUAACACUUAAGAGGAGCGACUCUUCCCUUCCGCCACCGUAUUAUCGAUCACAGCAGCAGCCUCCAGGGACGGCUAUGUAAGGCCUCCUCAACGUAUACCAGCUUAAAGGACCAGAGCACUGCUGGGGCUCAUGCUGUGUCUUGUGACCUGAGCUUUUUUGUAUGUGCUGCAUAAACUUGUGUUACUGCCGUUACACUUUAAUAAAGUUAACU